GGUGGGCCGGUGGAAAUCCUGCCGUUCCUCUACUUGGGCAGCGCGUACCAUGCCUCCCGAAAAGACAUGCUGGAUGCGUUGGGGAUCACCGCGUUAAUCAACGUCUCCGCGAACUGCCCCAACCACUUUGAAGGGCACUACCAGUAUAAAAGUAUCCCCGUGGAGGACAACCACAAGGCAGAUAUCAGCUCCUGGUUUAACGAGGCGAUUGAUUUCAUAGACUCGGUUAAAAAUGAUGGAGGAAGGGUGUUUGUGCACUGCCAGGCUGGCAUUUCCCGGUCAGCCACCAUCUGCCUUGCUUACCUCAUGAGGACCAACAGAGUCAAACUGGAUGAAGCCUUUGAGUUUGUGAAGCAGAGAAGAAGCAUCAUCUCCCCAAACUUCAGCUUCAUGGGGCAGCUUCUUCAGUUUGAGUCGCAAGUCCUUGCCCCCAACUGCUCAGCAGAGGCUGGUAGCCCUGCUAUGUCAGUAUUGGACAGAGGAGCAUCCACCACCACCGUUUUUAACUUCCCAGUCUCCAUCCCCGUUCACACCUCGUCCAGUGCUUUAAGCUACCUUCAGAGCCCCAUCACCACUUCCCCGAGCUGCUGAAA